GCAAGGGAGUCUGGUCGCUCGCUGUCAGUUGUCUUGGUGCUACGGCGGCGUUUGUUAUUUUUCCGGCGGUAUUUGGCGAUAGAGCGGCGGGAGUGUUCAAUUUUACCUGCAAAAGGCAGGUUAACAGUUGAAGUUUGCGGCACCUUUAGCAGCAGAAAAAAAAGUAAAGCGUGCUAUAUAGGUAUAUGUUCAAAGAAACAUUCUGUUAAAUAAGGUACAUCCAAGUUCAUUUAAGAUGCCACCUAAGAGAACAAAAGGUUCAAAGGUCAAUACUUCUAGCUCUUUGGAGUCUGAAGAUUUCACUUUAGAGACCACUGUACCAACUGAGGAAAUGUCUUCAUCUGAAGAAAGAGAUGGUAGCAAGAAAGUUACCAGACAACAGAUUGAGAAGAAAGAGCUGCUUCAUAAUAUUCAACUAUUGAAAAUUGAGCUAUCUCAGAAAAGUCUGAUAAUUGACAAUUUAAAAAUGGAACAUCUUACAAAGAUGGAAGAGUUAGAAGAGAAACUGAAUGAUGCUCUUCAUCAGAAACAGCUUUUGGCAGUACGACUAGACAGCCAACUAAAAAUUCAACAAGAAGAAAAUAGAAAGCAACAAGCUUUAAGAAAACAAGAAAUGGACAGUAUUUUACUUCGACAGAAGCAAUUGGAGGAGACUAAUUUACAGCUGAGAGAAAGGACAGGAGAUAUUCGUCGUAGUCUUCGAGAUCUGGACCUUACAGAAGAAAAGUACUUUGAGUUGAAAGAUCUUCCAGAGGAGCACUUGUCUAUACAUGAAUAUGUGUCUGUUCGGUUUUAUGAGGUGGUUCAUCCUUUAAAAGAAGAAGUGUCUGAGCUGCAAGAAAAAAAAAAUAACUUAUCAGAUGAACUGGGGACCUACAGAAAUCAGCUAAAGUUAUUAAUGGAGAGCUAUGAAGAAGAAAGAAGAAUACGAUCUGAUUUAGAAAUUAGAGCACAGAGGCUGACCUUGGAGCUAGCAGACACAAAACAACAGAUACAACAAGGGGACUACAAGAGAGAAAACUAUGAUAAGUUGAAAAGUGAGAGGGAUGCUUUUGAACGUGAUGUUUCAGAACUUAGAAAACAUUUUGAAAUACUUGAAGUAACACACAAGGAGCAAAGUAAAGAAAGAAAUGAUCUGUGCAAAGAGGUAGCAGCUCUGCAGCAGUCAGUUACUCUUCUGCAAAAGGAUAAAGAGUUCCUAAAUCGUCAAUGUCUAGAGUUGAAUGUGCGUUGUGCUCAUGAUGAAGACAGAGUAGAAAGACUCCAAAUACAACUUGAAGAGGCAAAAAAAGCCAGAGAAGAGAUGUAUGAAAAAUAUGUAGCAUCAAGGGAUCAUUAUAAGACAGAGUAUGAGCACAAACUUCGUGAUGAGCUUGAACAGAUCAGAAUGAAAACUAAUCAAGAAAUUAACCAUCUUCGCAGUGCCUCCAAAGAAAUGUAUGAGCGUGAAAACCGAAACCUCAGAGACUCGAGAGAUAAUGCAAUUCAGGAAAUGGAAAGAGCUGUUCAAGCUGAACGAGAUGCUGUUUCAAAGUAUGAACAGCUUUUGGAGCAGUUUAGGCAACUUCAGCUUGGAACAGAUAACAAAGUUGCAGAGUUGCUUAACCAGGUUAAGCUGAAAUCCUUUGAAGCAGAGCGAGCUCAGAUGAUGCAAGAGGAAACAGCCAAAAAUCUUAGCCAGUGCCAGAUUGAGUGUGAGAAACAUCAGAAAAAGUUGGAGGUCUUGACAAAAGAAUUUUAUAGCCUUCAAACAUCAACAGAAAAGCGCAUUACUGAACUACAGGCUAAAAAUUCUGACUAUCAAGUUCGACUAGAAACUUAUGAAAAAUUAGAACAAGAACUCGACGAUGUGACAAUGCAAGCAGCGGAAAUGGAAAACGAUGAAGAAGCAGAGAGAGUUCUUUUUUCUUAUGGUUAUGGUGCAAAUGUUCCAACUACAGCAAAACGAAGGCUUAAACAAAGUGUGCAUUUAGCAAGAAGGUUGCUUCAGUUGGAGAGACAAAAUACUGUACUGAGAAAAGACUUGGAGCACCAGUCUUCACUGACUGAUCAAGUUUCUCGAGAGUUGGAAGAGGUGAAUCAGCUUUUAAACCAAACACAGCAGCCAUACAGCUAUUUAAUAGAAGCUAUUCGUCAUCGUGACUCUCAGAUAAAUUCACAGAAAGAGCGUCUCAUAUUGAUGGGUGAAGAAAUCAGCACUUUGAAAAAAGAGAGAGUGGCUUUAGAGCGAAUAAAGAAUAACAUGGCAGCAGACUUGGAGAGGCUCCUCAACAAUCAUGAGGAAUUAGCAGUAAUGAAGCAAACCCUAAUAAACAUGCAUACACGUCGACAUGGAGAUGAAUUGUCACUUCAUCAAAAUGGAGCACCAACUGCUGUGAGAGUACAGAAAGUGAUUAUCAAUGAGCCAGAUGAUGAAAACAUUUUAAAGCCCAAACCAACCUUGUUUACCAACCAAGUGGUGCCUGAUUGGUACAGAAAGCUCAAGCAGAAAAAAUGAUUUUUUGUAGUUGAAAUAUUUCAUCAGAGGCAAGAAGAUAUUUUCAGGAAAUGGAUUAUGCUACAUGUAAAUGUUGGUGUUUUUGUGUGUAUGUAUGUAGUAGUAUUUUUUAAAUAUUGUUUAAAGUAAUGAUGAAAUGCAUCAUUCUCACUUAUUCGCCAUGUAAAUUGCCUUACCUGCUUUUCUGCUGUAAGAAAAAUAAUUCUGUUUCCUUAAUGUGAAAUAUAAAACUAGUAUUUAUUGAAACCACAGUUUCUUUAAUUAAAGGGUAAGAAAUGACUUAACGCCAAAAGAGUUUGUCAACAGUUUCAUGUGUUUUCCUUUUGUUUUGAAAAAUGUCACUUAGCUGUUUGAAAAUGAAAACACCAUUAUCAUCAAGAGGUUUUGUGUUACCAUAAUCUCAAGAUACCAUAUAUUACAUUUGUAUUGUGUGUAAAGACACAAUUUUCAAUUUUUUUUUCCAAAAAGCAAUUUUAGUUUGUGUACCAAGCAAAUAUAUGCAAUUCAAGGUACAGUAAUCUUCUGUUACCACUUACAUGGAGACAAAAAACAAUGCUUUAAUGAUAACUCCUUAGUAAGUUUAAUACCAAUGUUAAGUACCAAAUGAUAUAUUCAGUAGCAUUAAACCUAAACAGAUAUUUCAUUGACAUGUCAUUUUUUACUAUAAGAAUUUACACUUUAACAUCCUAAAACUGAAAGGUAAAAGUACUGUGUGAAGUGAACCUUAGAAAUUAGCUUUAACUUCUCACUCCUGCAAAUUUAAAAUAUGUGUCAAUUCAUUUAUGAUUGCCACAAAUGGUAAUAUAGUAAAGGAAUACCCUACCCAAAAAUUUAUUUUCAAUAUGUUACUUAACUAUGUUUUUUGUAGUGAUGACUGAGAAUUAUUUUUAAUCUCAUAUGUUCUUGGAGAAUGAAGAUAAAAACAUUUAUGAAAGUACAGGUGUCUAUAGUAACUAAUGCUUUA